AUGUUGCCGGCGGAGUUUUCUCAGAAUCCCAAUUAUCUGGACGCUCGCACCAUUGCAGGUCUGAAUCUGGCACGAUGGGUGAAGAAGACUGAGUGGACGGCAAAGAAACAAAUUGAUGGUUGCCCUUCCCAUGCUAUCCCGUUGCAUUCGGUGUUGUACCAGGGAUGGAACUCCUAUUGGAUCCGUCAUGUUGCCGAAGGAAAGCCCACAUUCUUUGCAGGUUUUCGAUCCAUGGCGGAGGUGGUAUUUUGUCAUUCCCUCUUCGCAAAAUUGCGUGAAGCGGAUGUUGACUUGGAUGAGCUUGCUCGGGCAGUGCAUGGUGGUCAGACCAGCUCGUCAGGGAGCAAUCUCUCUGAUGCAAGAGUUCAAGCCACGCAGACGCUUACUACGAAGGUUGUUGACUUCAUGUUGGGAUUGUAUCCUCAGGACGAAGCGGAUCCUCAGAAAGCUGCAAUGGAGAAUCAAAUUAAGUUGCUUCAACAGCAGCUGGCCCGGUUUGAGAGUGUCACGCCUACAAAGUCGGAAAGCAAUGAGGCUGGUAUGUUGAACAACAGUCCGAUGUCGGGGUCAAAUGAUGGUGGAUGUGGCUUGCCUAUUGAAGUAGAACCACCCGAACCUAAACCUGCAUCGGCCCCGUCUGUUGUGAAAGGGCCCGACGGAUCGACUCUUAUGCUUCGUGGACCAUCACAGCAGGCCAAAUCUGGACUCAUGCAAGCCUUUCAGAAGGGCAAAGCCCCGACAAGCUCCGGUGAGGCACAGGUCGUCAGUGAGUCGCAACCAGUGUCCGUUCCGCCCGUGCAGGUCGACAACAAGUUGGAGUAUGGAACGGCUUCACAUGUCUCGCACACUGUUCGCAACGUGGACGAUGCCAAGAAGAGCUUCCUUACUCGCGCUUGGAAAACAUGCAAAAAUGACAAAGAGGUCAGCGCAUGGAUUGAGGGACUCACGUUAAGCAAAGCCAAUCGCACUAAGUUGGCGACUUGGACAGCGCAUGUCCAAAAAUGGCACUCAGAUCUUACAGCCACAGAGCAGGCAGGCCUUGACCAGACUGUUGCCAACUGGGGCGUCCCGAUACGGGACGUCGCCAAACUCAAGGCCGGUGACGUGGACUUGCUUCGGAAUGCACAUUUAUUUUUCCAGAGUAUCUUCGAAACUCCCAUGAUGUUCGGACAGCAGUUGAUGGAUGUAGUCAUUUGGGUCAGAGGCAAGUUACUUUUGUUGGCGUGUGAGUUUGGGCUUGUACAGUUGCCACUGAUCUCACAGCUUCGCCUGAAGUGCUCCAGCUACACAUGGCAGUUUUUCUCAACCAAGUCGGUUGUCUAUUGUCGUAUUUUCCUACAGCCCGAGAUGAAGCAGUUUGUGUAUGUCGGUUCCACCACUCAGUCUCUGGGUGAACGAGAGCGCACGCGAUGGGGGAAGUUCAAGCAAAUUCGAGCAGGCAAGUCAGUGUGUGGGGAACUUAGCCUGUUUUGGCACCAUCGUCGGUCCAAUUAUCAUGUGGCUAUUCCGUUGCUUAUCAUGCAGGUUGCCAACUCGGAUCCUGUAAGGUCCGUUCAUGUGGUACAGUCGAUCGUCUAUUGUUACCAGAUUCUUUUUGACCUUGCUUCAGAUGGACUCAAUUCCUUUCUCGCUCAGAAGUACUUACGCAGCAAUCGAGUGGAUUCGGAUCUUCUAUACAGACUGUUCCGCAUGGCCACGCAUUUGGGAGACCCGUUUUAUGAGACAAUCUGUCGGUCGAGACUCAACACGGCGCUGAAGUUUCGACAGCUUCGAUGCCCUGGUACGUGUCGCCCCUUGAUGACACCAUUCUUGCUUCCGGAGUCAGAUUUCAAAAAGUUGACGCGCGGACUGUUGGGGGACAUCUUGGAUGUCUCGUCGGAUAGACUCCUGCCUUACCAUAUUCCGUCCACUGCUCUUUUGGCCAAAAGCCACCCCAAGAUCAAGGACGUGCUGUUCUCGUAUAGGAUCAUUGGAAGACCUUUCAUACGGCCGUUCGUGAAUGGAUCUCUCAUCAUGAACUGGUGCAUUAUCCGACAGAUGACAUACGACGAGUGUGGGAUGCAGCCUGGAAGUUACACAUGCAACACCUUGGCUCCCGUUGGACAGUUGACCUGGUGCGUGAACUACAGCGAUACACUCCAGGCCUCAUUUGGCAUGUUCGAGAUCAUGAAGGACUGGAAAGCGGGCAGACCCAUUGUUAGUUUUGCAGCGCAUCCAGCUCGUCAAUUCCUGGUUGUCAUGGCACGUGUCACCGAGAUGCUUGUUGCUCAGGUUUGUCCGCAUACGAGAUCGUACAACGACGCAAUCAUGUUGUGGCAAGAUCUUCACCAGUUGUUCGAGAAACAGCAUCCAGCUGAUGAUGGGUUGUGCACGGAUCUGACCAUGCACAAUCAAGAUCUGUCUGGGUUCUUUAUCAGUAUUCCUUUUGAACGGUUCAUGAUCACGUUUCGUAUUCUGCUGUGUCGCUUCUAUGACGUCGCUGAUGAAGAUCUCGACGACGCCCUGAAAGGAGUUGUUGUCACGGUGGAUCUUGCGGACAAUCUUUCUGUCAUGAAGACGAUUCGCGGACGCCAUUGCUUGCUCCAUGACAAACGAAUGGCAGUCCCGAUGGAUCUCUUUCUGGAAGCUGUAAAAGUGUCUUUCAAGUUCUCACUUUUCGUGGUCGGAGGACAGGCUAUUGAACAGUUGCGAGGUGCGCCAAUGGGAAGCCAUUUCUCUCCGGCUGCAUGUCACGCAGUGGUCAGUCUGUAUGAACGCAUGUAUUUCAGUCAUUGCCUGCUCAAUUCUGUUCGAUUGCCAACGUAUGGCCUUGUUGUUCGAUAUGUGGACAAUCGCCUCAGCCUGAUUUCUGAUCGUCACAGGAAUGUUGCUGCCAUCCAGGCUUUUCUGCAUCAGGACGUGUGUGUUCCACCCAUUGUAUUGGAGUAUGAAGAGGGAAACCUCUUUUUGGGGUUCCACGUGGACCUGCAGCAGCUGCGCAUCAAGUAUGUGCAGCCCGUUGAGACUUGGAAGUUUCUACAUCCGUUGUCUGCUGCCAACUCACGUACACUCUUGAGCAGCUUUCGCUCCAGAGCCCAUCUGGUCGCCCGGGCUUCCUGGCCCAAGACGCAAUGUGAUGACGAUCUGAUUCAGCUGGUACAGUCUUACGUCAAACAAGCCUUUGAUCCCAAGAUGAUGGCGCCAAUUCUCAGACGUGUUCGACACCAGUUCGAUAUACUCCAGCACUCAGCGGAUGAGUAA